GGAAAAUAAUACGCUCCAUGAGAAAACUCAUUGGCGAUCUGAAACACAAAAUGGGUAAAAAGACGCGAAUGUUUCUUGACGGAGAGAGCAAGAAUUGCAAACGGCGCAACUGCAAUAUGGGAAAUUUGAUCUGUGAUGCUCUAAUUGAUUAUCACGUCAUAAAAAAUUUGAGCGAAAAUGAGUGGACAGAUGUUGCAAUUACGGUACAGUACAGCGGCAGAUUGUCCAUUACAAAAGCGAAAAUCAUGAUAAGGUGAUUCGAGGUGAUAUCAUAAGCGUAUUGUUUUUCGCAAAUGUCGUCCUUAAGACCUCUAUGACAGGAAAGCAGGUCCUCUCGAUGUUAGAAUAAAGUAUUCAUAAUCUCAACAAUACAAUUUCCACAGGAAAUUUGUUUGGCGCUUACUUGCAAUACUCGGGACUUCAAGUAAAUUUGUAAACAAUAGAUCGAAU